GUACAUAAAAUAUGAUUCCGAAGGGUCAUUCCAAAAAAAUUUUACUUGAAUGGAUGUAAACAGUACUGCAGGCCGCGUCUAGCUGUAAAUUUUGCAAACCUCAGUGAGUGGUUUUUAAUAGAUUGUAUUUUAAUCACUUAUUACCAUCGGUAAAAAUAGUCCUCACAAUGGUGGACAUUAAAAAGUGCUUUUACACAACUAUUCUCUCUCAAACAAUAUCAAACGACGGGAAAUUUUUGUUUUGCGGAAGUAAUUUCGGGGAAAUUUUAGUGUACAGCAUCGAUCGUAUUUCCUCCUGUGCCGACAGUUCGGUGGUCGAUCCCACCGAUCCACAGGUAGUUUUCCCUCUGCCGGAAAAAUGUCAAAUUUAUAGUCUAUCAUUCCACAAAGACUUUCUAAUCGUCGGUUUAAAUGGAGAAAUUUGCGGCUAUUUGUGGAAUUCAAAGGCUGCCACUAUCGGAAAGAAAGCAUGGACCGUCAAACUUCCAGCAUCAGUCGAAUAUACAGAUAUCAAUGAAGUGAAUUAUCUUUGGUUGGAUAAAGAAGAAGAAGUGCUCUACGCGGGCUGCGGAGACAACAUAAUGUAUGCCAUUUCUCUAGAGGAUGGCCGAGUGGUUCGGAAGUAUCAAGGCCAUCAAGAUUACAUUCACUGCGUUUCCGGUUGUGAAGGAAAGUUAGCGACCGCCUCGGAAGAUGGAUCGAUUCUUUUGUGGGAUCCACGACAGACAAAGUUCACUGGGAAAAUCGAACCACACAGCAAUGAAUUAUUGAGUCGGUCCGAUUUCGGCAAGUGGCAAGGUACUGUUUCCAUCACGGAAGACUGGCUGGUUUGCGGCGGCGGACCACGAUUCUCACUGUGGCAUUUACGCUCGUUGGAGUGUACGACGGACUUAGCAUUUCCGGAGCGGGUUCAUGUGUCCGGAUUCGUCGAGGACUUGAUUUAUGCGGCAGGUCAUUGCAAAAAUCUUUACCAAUACAAUUUCAAUGGGGACGUAACGGCAGAGAUUCCCAUAUCAGCUCCUGCAGUGUACAGCGUUGUGCAGCAGAGUGAGCCAACUAAACUUAUGGCUAUUGCCGGUGCUUCAAGUCAGAUUGAUGUUUGCACUAACUUUAGCUACCGAGACAUUGUACUGAAUACGUAUAAGAAAUAAAUGCGAGGGGUCCAAAACUA